AUGCACUGGAAGUAUGCAAUGUCCGAGAGUAUAGGUGCAAGAACUGGCAAUCAUCAAGCACCAGCUAGCUACUCGACCGUCUUUCCUGUGCUGUUCCUGCAUGUGCAUCUCUCUGUUAAUGUCUCUCUGUUAUAUCUUGCCUAUCACCAGGCAUAUGUCUCUUUCACCACUAUAUCAUCAGAAAAUAUUCAAGUGCAUUUUUCUUCAUUUCGCUAUUGGCCCUUUCUUUGCACACCACGCUUCACCUCAGUAUUACUUACCCCAUCCGCAGUUAAGGUUUAUUCCUCGUUCAUUGUUCGUGAUCUGGCACCCUCUAUUGUUGCACCCAGUUCAAUAGUACGUGUGUUCACCAAACUGAAAUAUUUUGGAUCACAAUGA